AUGACUACCGUUCGCACUUUAUUGGCAGUUGCGGCAGUUAGUCAGUGGCCUCUUCUUCAGAUGGAUGUGAAGAAUGUCUUUCUCAAUGGUGAUCUUUCAGAUAUUAUUUACAUGCAACCCCCUCCCGGACUACGGACUCCUCCUCAGCAUGUUUGUCGCCUUUGUCGGGCUAUCUAUGGUCUCAAACAAGCCCCUUGGGCUUGGUUUGAGCAUUUUUGUCAGGUGGUGACUCAGGCUGGAUUUACUGGGAGUUCUCAGGAUCACUCUCUAUUUGUUCAGUCAUCCCCUCAGGGGCGGGCGAUUCUGUUGUUGCAUGUGGAUGAUAUGAUCAUUACAGGUGAUGAUAUCGCUGCCAUUCAAUAUCUUCAGCGACACCUUCAGUCUCAGUUCCGGAUGAAAGAUCUUGGUUCUCUCAGGUAUUUUCUUGGUAUUGAGAUUACUCGUUCUGAUCAUGGCAUUCUGCUGUCCCAACAGAAGUAUCUCUCUGACAUCCUCAGUCGGGCUGCUCUCGUAGAUACUCGCAAUGUUGACACUCCUCUUGAGCUUAAUGUGAAGCUCCGUCCGACUGAUGGUCAACUUCUUCCUGAUCCGACUCGCGACAGGCAGAUUGUUGGUCAGUUUGUGUACCUAUGCAUCACUCGCCUGGAUAUUGUUCAUGCUGUGAGUAUUGUGAGUCAGUUUAUGUCUGCUCCCAGCUCAAUUCACUAUGGUGCUCUCCUCCGGAUUCUUAGGUAUCUCAGUGGGACUAUGACUAGGUCCUUGUACUUAUCAUCAUCCUCGCCUCUCACUCUUCAGGCAUACUCAGAUGCUGAUUGGGCAGAUGACCCUACUUCUCGUCGCUCUAUUACAGGCUACUGUGUGUUUCUUGGUGACUCUCUCAUAUCUUGGCGCAGCAAGAAACAAAAUGUAGUCUCUCUUUCUAGCACGGAGGCGGAAUAUCGUGCUAUGGCCACUACGGCUAAGGAGAUUGUUCAUCUCCGUCGUCUCCUUAGUCACUUGGGUGUCCAUAUUUCUGGAUCCACACCGAUGCAUUGUGACAACAGGAGUGCUAUCCAUAUUGCCAGCAUUCCUGUUUUUCACGAGAGGACGAAACAUAUUGAGAUUGAUUGUCACUUUGUUCGUGAGCAGUUUCUAUCGGAUGUUCUCUCCUUGCCUUUCACUUAUUCUACUGCACAGUUGGCGGAUUUCUUCACGAAGUCUCACACUGUUUCGCGUCAUCAGCUUCUCAUUGGCAAACUCUCGGCGUUUGACCCACCUUGA